GAUUGGGUUACUUUUUGUCAGUCCAACCUGGCAACAAUGGCUGCCCGGAACAUCGGAGCACAACCAGCACAACAUUGUUGACAACUGUAGCUUGUCAGCAAACUUCUCCAGGUUUCACAACAAUGAAUCUGUCAACAGUUGUUUGGGUGGGCUUUGUAUUGGUGUUGAUGGGUUGUCGUCGGUGCUAGCUGACUAAGGGGCCGGGUUAGUUAACUGGUGAGUCCACAGAUUUGACUCACAACGUUUCAGAGCAUCUGUAGCCCAACGGUAGCUAGCUAGCUAGCGGACAUAGCUAAGGACAUACAAUAGCAGCAUGGGUGAUGGCAGUAUUACUCCCAGGCUCGGCAACAUGAAAGCGUUACUUGGAAUAGUUGCCGGAGCAGGAGCCUCCUAUGGGAUAUACAAACUUAUCAGCGGGGGAGGCUUCAGGAGAAAUAAGAAAAGUGCCAUCAAUGAAAGUCUCGGUGUCAGGAGCAGUCAGCCCAGUGAAGGCACUCUACAGCCGGGGAGCCUGCUGGCCAAAGUGUCUGGACUGGAUGUUGUUUGUCCACGACCUGAUAUUGCAUCAGGUGACAUCGUCCACCAGUCCCCUGGCAACCUGGAACCACAACACUUGAAUAUGCUGUUGUCUUGUCUGCAGACCAGCAAUAAUCCAUCUGACAGGUGUCGGAUCCUACUUACGUUAGGAAAUGCUGCUGCGUUCACUGUGAAUCAGAAUCUAAUACGGGAAUUUGAAGGGAUUCAUAUCAUAGCUGGCUUCCUUUCUGAUCCUGAGGCAAAGGUCAGAGUGCAGACUCUGAAUGCUUUAAAUAAUCUGUCUAUGAACAUCCAGAACCAGGAACAAAUAAAGGUUUAUGUGCCACAAGUGCUAGAGCUGAUUGAGAUGUCACCCGUGAAUUCUGACCUUCAGCUUGGAGCUCUCAGGCUGCUGACAAACCUUUCAGUCACAGAUAAACAUCAACACCUGCUGAAGGAAUCGAUUACACUCUUACUCUCUCUACUUGUCGUGAGCAAUGAAGCAUUACAGGUUCAGGCUUUGAAAGUCCUUGUGAAUUUGUCAUCUAAUCCGGAUAUAAUGGAUGACAUUGUUCAAGCUCAGGCACCAGCUUCUGUUGUGGUGCUCUUUGACGCACGAACAGCCCCUGCGGUGCUUCUGCGACUGCUGACGUUUGCAGGAAACUUAAAGGCCUGGAGGCCCUCUGCCCAGGUGGCCGAUGAACUGAGGCGGAAGCAGGAUUGCCUCUUCCGGGUCAUGUUAGAUGAGUCGUCCCAGCUCCACAGCAGACUGGUCCAGCUGCUUUCACACCCCGAUGCGGAGAUUCAGGUCCAGGUGGCUCGAAUCUUGACAUAGUCCUCCCUAUCUGCACUCUUGAUCCAUGCACAGCUUUUGCUUCCAUUCACUUUGCCAAAGCCACCAAUCUCUCCCCUUCCCGUUCUAUUAAAAAUGUGUUGACAAGGGCAGGCUGCGUAGCCUACACCCCCACGCUCUCUAUACUUGUAUUCCCUAGAUCAAUAUUAUUACCACACAUAAUUAAAUGCUCCAUUCCACGCCACACUGCCCUGAUUUCCAGUUUCUUACACUACAAUUAACUGAUGAGCAAUGAGUGAGCAGGAAGCAACCAUUCGUUCAGUAGAGUGUAAAAACAGGCCACACCGCUACACUCUUGCUACUCUUGCUGGCUUUCCUGCCAGCAAGAGUUUUCUUCUCAUUGCCAGAGACUGUUUUCCUUCAAAGAUCCACAGUGCCCUUCCUUCUGAGAACAUCACCUACUUUCUCUGAAGACGUGUUCCAGGUGAAAUUUCUGAACCCAAAUCCACUGCCAAACAUUUUCUAGAGAAUGUGUCAGAACGACCUGCGCAGCAUGACCCAACUUACUUACCCGUCGGUGGUUCAGAGAGACACUGAGAUGGAGAGCUGCCGCACACCUUAGCAUGCCUUGGAGACACGAAUGAAUGGAUGUACUGCAGCUCCAGUCCUUUCUAAUUUAGCAACAUGUUGGAUUUAAAGAUCAGGGUCUAUGUCCAAUGGAAGCACGAUAUUUUAUCUAUGUGUUUAAUAUGAUAAUUAGUGAAUCACAACUUUGGAAGGGCAAAUGUGAGGUUGACCUCACAUUCGGUGACAGUGUGAGAAGUUUAAUGUAUGUGGAAGACCUUGGAGUUAAAACACUGCCUCCCCACCGUUACGAAGAGCUAGUUGAGGUGGUUGAGACAUCUGGUGAGGAUGCAACCUGGGUAAACUUUGACUUUUGAAAUUUCACCAACCACAGCUGCCUGGAAGAAAAUUUCAGGGCUGAUUCAGGAUGUACUGGUGGUGUUGCAUCUCUCUGCUGGCUUAGCAACGCCUGCAAACCCCCCCAGGGAGGAGCUGGAGGAAGUUGCAGAGGGAAAAGGAUGUCUGGUCUGCGAUUGUUUCAACCACCACAAAUAUCGUGCAGAUAUGCAGUUUGAAAAUAAAUGGAGAAGGGGUUGACCAUGGACAAAGCAGUCUGUAAUAAUAAUAACAGCAAUGAUAAUAGCCAUAACUGCUGCAGGCUAUUUCUAUAACAUUUUAUGCAUAAAUGUUUACUGUAUUACAACAGUGAUUGAAUGUUAAAUUCAAGCCUUGUUAUGUUAAGUUAUGCACUUACUGUAAUUAGACAGGCUAUAAGUGACAGAUCCUCAUGUUGUGUAACUGGAGGACUGGAGCUGUGGACCCAUCUGCUGACUUGUUAAUAUUUACAGAGCGGAGGAUGGGUGUAGUUGCAUACCUCCAAUUUGCAUGGAAAAUGUGACAAUUAUCUUGGAAUAUGAUUUUUAAUGCAAGGAUUUUAUGGCAUGAGCCAGUCCAGGUGUAAAGAAAUGCUGCACUUUUUUGAUGUUUGGACACUGACUUUAUUGAACCCAAAUCCUAAUUAUCUCUCAGGCAAUAGGGUUUAUCAGAACAUAUACAGCAGGAGGCUGAUUUCCUAGAUUAUCAUAUUUAUUUAAUGAAGUUUGUUAGCAUUUUGCCUAUAAAAUGAGAAAUAUGUUUGUUAUGUCUGUUUGAAUGGUUCAAUAAAUACCCUAUAUGACAUAU